GGGAGAGGGGAGGGGGGAAGGGGGCGGGAAGAGGAGGGGGAGGGGAGCGUUAAUCGUUCGGUAAUCAUGGGAACAGAAGAUUUCGGAAAUCAGUGCCUUUCUGCGAAAGAUAUGGACGACUUCUUGUCCACAUUCAUUUACCAUUAUCAGGACACGUCAGCGGAGUCUGGCGGUACACGUGUCGGCUUUGCCCCCGUCGGCGGGGAGGUGGUGCUUAAUUCUCGUUACGUAAUGCGCGCUCCACGUGUUUCCAAGGCGCCGGAGAUUUUUUGCGCGGCCCCUCUCGAUGGUAAGUACUUUUGUCUCCUUUGCGAGGGCCUGAUGCUGGACGCUACCUUGUUGACCCCUUGCGGCCAUUAUUUCUGUGCUAGCUGUUUAUCGCCGGAGUUCUUUUCUAAGAGGGGUGCCAACCCCAAGUGUCCCCAUUGUCAUCGGCAUGUCGACUGCCGAAAAGCGGGAACCCACCCGCUGCCGGCGCGUGACUUGCGCGAAGCGCUGUCGAAACUGAGAGUGUAUUGCCCCUUCUCGCUGACGUACGAUGUUUGUUCGGGUCGUUUCGUUCGAGCGACCGUUUCGCCGACCGGUCGCAGCAGAACUUGCGAUCUGCAACAGCAGCAGGAGCAACAGCUUGAAGGGGAUUUGAAAAGAAGACGGUUUUGCGCAGAAUCUAUGGCCCUUAAGGACCUCAAGAGCCAUGCUAGCAGCUGCGUGUACCGUCCGAUUCCCUGUCCUUUUCGGACCGACGGAUGCCGAGAGAUCGUCGUCUCUCGCUACCUCAAGCGUCAUCGGAGAUCUUGCAGGUUUAAUGUGAAUACCGAGUUAUGUGAAAAGUGUGGGUUCCGUAUAGGCAUGGAUGACAGUAUGGCCAGCCAUCGAGAGAACAAGUGUUGUCCGCCUUGUCCGUACGCUGAGUACGGCUGUACGGAGAGGAUGCGACAUGCUGACCUGGAUGACCAUCUAGCCACGUGUCCGUUCGGUCAAAAGGAUGUCCAAGACGUAAUCCGUCGCCCACCUGCUCCGCUGCCUCCGCCGCCGAAUUCGACGAAGGAGGGGGACACGUGUGGAACGGAGGGACGUGGAGGAGGAAUGAGGAGAAGGAAGAGGAGGAGGAAGAGGAGGAAAGAGGAGGAGGAAGAGGAGGAAAGAGGAGGAGGAAAGAGGAGGAAAGAUGAGGAGGAAGAGGUGGAGGAAAGAGGAGGAAGAGGAGGACGAAGAGGAGGAGGAAAGAGGAGGAAAGAGGAGGAAGAGGAGGAGGAAGAGGAGGAAGAGGAGGAGGAAAGAGGAGGAAGGGGAGCAGCGGCUGUAACAUCCAUCAAGAGGAGAAGGUCGCAAUCCCUCGAGUUUUCGUGUCCUGUAGGAGGAGGGAUUCGUCGCAGAGAGGGGGGGAACUAUGUGCGUGGAGGGGGAAGAGGAGGAGGAGGAUCCUUCAACAGUUCACAAUGUGCACUUGUGGAGUGAAUCUGGACCUAUCUAAGUUCAGAUGCAACCCAUUGAGUGCAAGGUUAAAUAUGUGACGUAGUCUGGAACAAGGGAUUCGGGUAAGUGGGGGGUUAAAAUAGUCCUAUAGGAGGGGGGGAGGGAAGGGAUUCGUAGAAGAGAGGGGGAGAAACUAUGUGGGUGAAGGGGGAAGAGGAGAAGGAUGUUUCACCAAUAAGAGGCCAUGUUCACAAAUUCGCGAUGUGCUAAUGUCGAGCGAAUCUGGCCGUAUCUAAGCUCAGAUGCAGCCCAUUGAGUGCAAGGUUAAAUAUGUGCCGUAUGUUAAUCAAACGGUGGGGGGAGAAAGUGGGGUCGUUUUGUUCAGACCCUUUCCGGUGGCCGCAUUGUGCAGGGAUCCCGGCUGCUGAUCCGCGGCCCGUAGGUACUGAUCUGGUAGGUAUGUUGUGUAGCACAGGGAAUCCCAGCGGCAUUCUUUUUUUGUUCUCAUAUUCUUUUUAUCUUGACCCCCUUUUUUUUUUUUUUUUUUUUUUCCCGAAACCAUUCUUUUUCUGGUGAUUGAAUUCUCGAUAAAAAGGCUUGGGAUAG